GUCACAUCAGGGUGGUAAUUGCCUCCGUAACACGGCUGCUUCCUCCACCAGAACCACUUCCUGUGAACUAUUAAGUUCUGCAACUUCGCUUCAGCAAAGUAAGUAGAGAAAUAAGGCAACAUCGCAGCAGCAGGUGUGGAGGAUGCACUAAACAUAUCAAGGAAGUCAGGUGUCAGGUCUACAGCCAUGUCGCUAGCCAUGAAAGCCAAGCAGAAAGUGAAGAAGAAAACCGUCAAGGACAAAAUCUUUGGGUGCGAUUUGUUGGAACAUCUCCAAAUGUCUGGACAAGAAGUUCCUCAGGUUCUGAAAAGCUGCACAGAAUUUGUGGAGGAGCAGGGCAUCGUGGACGGUAUCUACAGGUUAUGUGGCAUCGCCUCUAAUGUACAGAAAUUGAGACAAGAGUUCGACAUAGAGCGGCCCCCAGAUCUCAACAAGAGUACCUACCUGCAAGAUGUCCACUGUGUCAGCUCCCUCUGCAAAGCUUAUUUCCGAGAACUACCCAACCCACUCUUAACAUAUCAGCUCUACGACAAGUUUGCUGAUGCAGUGGCCAUACAACUGGAGGAGCAGCGACUGAUAAAGAUUAGAGAGGUGCUGAAGGAGCUUCCGCUUCCACAUUACAGGACCUUGGAAUAUCUCAUGAGACACUUGCUCAGAAUGGCCUCCUACAGCUCCCAGACCAACAUGCAUGCAAGGAACCUGGCCAUUGUCUGGGCCCCUAAUCUGCUCAGGUCCAAAGACAUUGAGUCUUCAGGUUUUAAUGGCACGGCGGCGUUCAUGGAAGUCAGAGUCCAAUCCAUUGUGGUAGAAUUCAUCCUAACACACGUGGAACAGGUGUUUGGAGACUGGAUAAAUUAUGGAAAAGAGAACGAAGAAAGCACCUUUGCCACAGUGAACUGGCCAACCUGUGUUCCUGAGGAUUAUUACCGCUCGCUGUCCUACAAUCUACCAAACAUGCUGAACCAUGGGGAUGGUCCACCACAAAUUCGCCCUUACCACACCAUCAUUGAGUUUUCAGACCACAAGAGGAAAGGUUCUUUGAAAGCAAAGAAAUGGAAAUCAAUCUUCAACCUUGGAAGGUCCAACCCAGAAUCCAAACGCAAGUCUCAAAAACAAGAUGACAAAGAUGGAAAGUCAGGAAAAAUGAGCCUUCGUCCAGCCAAGAGCAUGGACUCCCUGAGUUCAGUCCCUCAUGCGACACAUGGCAGUGAUUUGGGGCAGAAUGGGGUGGCACUACGAUCUCCCAAAAACCAACUCUCUCUUCGAAGGGAAAGUUUUGGGUCUCCUUCCAAUGAAGAGAAUGUAGAGUUUCCAUUCUUGGAUUCUGGGGAGCAGCUGUCCUCAAUGGACACAAACGAUGCAGAGUGUGAAGAAGAAGGUCAAGCCAAGUCAGAGCCCACAACCCCCAAACCAGGAAGGUCUGCGAUAACAGGGAAACCACCAGGUCGUUCUCCUAAAUCGAAUCAAAGCCGGGCUGAGAAGUGUGUUGGAGUCCACAUCUCUGGACCCUUCUCUGUUACACUUCCCUUCCAUAUUACAUCCAAUCUAUCUCGUUUGACCAGAGGGAUGGAGUGUCCAGGAUUGAGCAUAAUGGUUCCACAAAGAAGCUCAGAGAACAUCUUCUCGCUAGAAAGAGACCUGUCUGCAGAGUCGGAUGAUACAGACAAAGUGACACUGAGACAAAUGGCAGAGAAAGAAAAUGCAGCAGAGGAGGCCGGGAAAGAGAACACCCGCAUUUCAUUAGAGGUCCAAGACUCCUUCUCCUUCCUGGACGUCCAGGACACCAGCAUAGAGAAAACACCAGAAAACACAGUGGACAGCGAGAUGCUGGGGUAUGAACUACAGGCUGAGAACAAGGCAAGUCCUCCUCCUCACCCUACCUGUAACUGAGUGCCAUUUCCUUUCUCAUCAGAGGCUUAGGCUGAUGUUCACCCUGUUCCUCAUGCUAUACAUUAGAAUUCCAACUGCUCCGACUGGCUGCUGCCAUGUGGAGGAGGGGCUGAGAAAUCUACCUAUAGUACCAGCUAGAGAGGAGGCAAGAAAAA